AUGGUGGGAAUUGCGAGCGGGUCAACUGUAACGAUUGGGUCACUGUCGUCCGGUAGCAUCACCCACAGCAUUGAACUGAGCGACCCGGUGAUGGAUGUCGCCUUCUCCAGUGGCCCGCACGAGUUGACAGUUGCCACACGCAACAAACUUACAGUGUACGACUUACGCAAAAGUGCCAGGUUUUUGCGUGAGACAUGCGAUGAUGGCACGGUGGAUGUCACGACGUUCGCCACUUCUGAUCGCGCCUUUGCAGUGGGCUCCGCCAGCGGUGUUGUUAGCGUGUACAGUAAGGGUGCCACGGGGCCAGUAAAGACGCUCAAGAACCUCACAACAAGCAUAAACCGACUGGCGUUUGGAGAACGCAGCAAUGGCGAUGCCGUCCUGGCGUACUCCACCAGGGGCCAAAAGGGUGGCUUUCGCUUGGCUGUGUUGCCGGAAUGCCGUGUGGUGCCGUCGUUCCCGGCCGUCGCGCAGCGGCAUCAGUUCAUUCAAAGCUUGGCGAUCGCCCCGACGAUACCGGUACUGUCCAUCGGUGAAAAACAGAAGGUGACCAACUACGCCUUGUGA